CCAGCAGGCAGUGCAGUCUGGAGACUCUGACAAAGGAGCCAGGAGCAGUCGCAGCUGCUUUCCGAGAAGCCUAUAUUGCUGAGCUUUUUAGGUUCAGAAUUUGUGUCAGCACAUCCUGAUAUCAUCAGUCUCGCAGAUUGGUUCUCACGAGAUUGCCAAAAUGUUUUGGAGUUUUUAACUGAAUCUAAGAAAGUCCAAAAUAGAUUUGAGACUGUAAAUACAGAAGCUGCACAAGGGGGAUUCAGUGCCAAUGCAUCAACAAAAAAGACAACCAGAGUUAGUGGAAGGAAAUCUUCCAGUUUUUGUGUUUCCCACGGAGCUAAUCUUUUACGCAGAUGAUCAGUCAACACAUAAGCAAGUGUUGACGCUGUACAACCCCUAUGAGUUUGCCUUAAAGUUCAAAGUUUUGUGCACGACUCCGAAUAAGUAUGUUGUUGUUGAUGCCACAGGCGCAGUAAAGCCGCAGUCCUGUAUGGAUAUUGUGAUUCGUCAUAGAGAUGUUCGAUCCUGUCACUAUGGUGUAAUAGACAAAUUCCGCCUCCAAGUUUCCGAGCAAAGCCAGAGGAAGGCUUUAGGAAGGAAAGACGUUAUUGCUACUCUUCUCCCAUCUGCAAAAGAACAACAAAAGGAAGAAGAGGAGAAAAGAAUAAAGGAACAUUUAACCGAAAGUGUAUUUUUUGAGCAGUCAUGUCAACCAGAAAACAGAGCGGUCUCUUCAGGACCUAGUUUGCUAACUGUCUUCCUGGGAGUGGUAUGUAUUGCUGCCCUCAUGCUGCCUACCCUGGGGGAUAUGGAAUCGCUGGUGCCUCUCUACCUCCACUUAAGUGUGAAUCAAAAAUUAGUGGCUGCUUAUAUCUUAGGUCUUAUCACAAUGGCUAUACUUAGAACAUGAGCAAGGAUUAAAUCUAACUUCUGAAGUAAAUUUAUCUUAAAUAUGAAUGUGGACUGCCUUUUAUCUCUAUUUCACUCCAUUAACACACCACAAAUUAUUGAAUGAUUUCAAAUAUCUGCAAAUAUAUAAUAUAUUUUCAAUUGGUCUAUAAUUUUAUUUGAAGGACUUUAGCACUUUAUGUUACAGACAACAAAGAUACUUCUGAGUGAUACCUAGAAAAUUAUUUGAAGACAUUCUUUUAAAAUCUAUACCUAUUGUGCAAAUGACUUUAAUUAAAUGUUAUUUUUCAUCUUUUUUUUCUAACUCACUUGGAUAAGGUCCUUCAAAGUUUAAGACCUUACAUGAGCAACUGACCAGCUUGAAAUUGAAAUGACAUUGAUUGCCUAGACCCAAGUAUCAACAUUAAUAUGUAAAUCAUAGAUUUCCUUCUCUCUUGCAAGGAGUUGUUGCAGUGUUUCUAAAGUCAGUGUGUGAGGGGGUUGAGAUAACAUAAGGUCCUUACUGAGGGAUCAUGCUUAACCUAUACCCUUCACAGAGGACAAGAUAUAUUUAAAUGACUGUGGGAACUACAGACCAGGUAGUGGUUCCUACACCAGGCCCCUCACAGAAGUAGACUGGCUUCUCUGUUUGGCCUGAGAGUUCUAAAGGAAGGUAGGUGGUUUUUUUUGUUUUUUGUUUUUUUUUUUUUUUAAUUAAUUGGUUCGUCCUGGCUUUACCUCCUGUUAAUCCUUAAUGUCAUUAAGGGAAUAAUCACUUGUUGGUUUUCUCCCAAGUCCCUGGCUUGCCUGAGUGUGAUUUGCCCUGAUUAGGAAUGUCAGAGGACUGUUUUUGAGGACAUUAUUUUUUUUUUUUCACCUUCAAACUCUAAGCCAAGUAGAGAAAGCUCUAGAUACCUAUGUCUAUUUUGUAUCAGUCACUGGGACAAUUUUUAAGUUUUUAUUUAUUAAAACAAAUUUACCAAAAAGGCCCCCUAAGCACAACUACUUCCAUUUCUUGAUAGCGUUUUCUGGUGUCUAACAUCUGUGUGUUUUAACAGUUGUGUUAUCACAGCAACUGAUCUUUUACAUCUUAGGAUUUUUAUCUGAAAGCACAAUGCAUCGAGUCUCUUGAAAAUCUAUUUCUCUUUCAGCUCUUUUUAUGGAAUAAACUUUACGCACUGCUAAUGUAGCAUUCUCGAGGACUAUAUGUAAACACAAAUGUAUGCCUGAAGUUGAUUUUUUUUUUUUUGCAGGAAACAGUACUCUGCUUCUAGAAGCUUUUUGUCUAGUAUUUCAUAGGAAAUCAUUGUUUAACCAUUUGUGGAGCAUAAAUCAUUCAGUGGAUCAUGUCUGUACAUUGUAUAAUGACUGAAAAGCACAUAAAUGUAAUCGACUUUGAACUCAUAAAAAAAAAGAAAACAUGUU